ACAGAAAUGGCGACGCUGAGCUCCCUCCAGGACCGCAUCCAGGGCAUCGGGACGCGACUGCAGGCCGAGAAUGAGUCCAACUCCCGCGACAGGAUCAGCACCGCCUUAAACCUGGACUUCACGCGCAGCAGGCCGGGGUCGGAGAGGAAGCCCAAGACGCUUCCCAUAAUGGACGGGAGACUGCCAGGGCGCCCCAGCACAAUCUCAGGACGCCAGAGAGACCGGCCCAGAAUCGAACUGCCUUUGGUAUUCGAACCCAGACAACAGCAGUCAGACCCCUCAGAAUUAGAUGCACAUGUCAAAGAAAUCACGAGAAAAAAUGGGAAUUUAAUAAUAGAAAGCAAGCAAAUGCGACGGUCGGGUAACCUAGAAGAGACCAAGCGAGUCUUCUUUGACUUGGAGGUUGUAUUAAAAUCCCAUGACUGCCCCUACAUAGUACAGUGUCUAGGAUGCUUCGUCACAGAUUCAGACGUCUGGAUCUGUAUGGAGCUCAUGGCCACCUGUCUGGACAAGCUCACCAAGCGUUACAAGCGGCCGAUACCUGAGCCUAUCCUCGGCAAAAUUUCUGUUGCUACCCUAAAGGCUCUCCACUACCUUAAGGAAUCCCACGGUGUCAUCCAUCGUGACGUCAAGCCUUCAAACAUCCUUCUAGAUGAACGUGGUAACAUUAAACUUUGUGACUUCCUUCCAUCUUUCCCAUGUACCCUGACAUGUUUGCCAGAACGGAUAGACCCGCCAGACCCCGCAAGGCCGGAUUAUGAUAUUCGUGCUGAUGUUUGGAGUUUGGGCAUCACUCUAGUAGAGCUUGCUACAGGGCAGUUUCCAUAUAAAGAUUGUCGCAAUGACUUUGAGGUGCUGACCAAGGUUCUACAAGACGAUCCACCAUCUCUUCCCAAAGAUGGAAACUUUAGUCCUGAAUUCUGUGAAUUUGUUAAAGAUUGCCUUAUUAAGGAAUACCGCCAACGCCCAAAGUACAAGAAACUACUUGACUAUCCAUUUAUCAAGAAAUAUGAAAGUAUGAAAGUGGAUGUCUCAGCUUGGUUUAAAGAAGUGUGCCGCCAGACGGAAGACAAGGUUCGGAGCUCCCCUCAGAGAGUAAGUAUAUUUUCCUCUCCUUUACUCCCCCGAGCCUCGCGCUCCAGCAGUCGACCCCCAAGUGCCCCCAGUAGUAGUGGGGGCGGGGGUGGGGGUGGAGGGGGUGGUGGGGGAACUGACUCCGCACCCCCACCACCACCACCUGUUGCGCCCAGAAGACGGAGUCGCACUCCAGAGGCGCACAGCCACGACCGCGUUAACCAUAUCCCUCUGCAACCUCAGUUACAACAAUUGCAACAUGAUCAGCAACAACAACAGCUACAGCAUCAACAACAGCAACAGGAGCAACAUCAAAAGCACGAGCAGCCUGCUGUGCAGCAGCUCCACUCGCCCCAAAAACAGCAGUCACCAAAGCAGAAACAGCCGUCACCACACAAACACCACCGGGAGCAGAAUGGUGACAGCAUCAACAGCCCCAGGAGAAGUGGAGGCAGCAGCAGCAGCAGCAGCAACAGCAGCAGUAGAAGCAGCAGCAGCAGCAAUGGCAGCAGCAGUAGCAACUGCAGUAGCAUCAGCAGCAGCAGCAAUGGUGGCAACGGUGUGGUUAGUCGGUCACCGCUUCCAGCCUCUCCCAAUCUGACCCGCGCCGUAUCUGCUUCGCCAUCUCGUUCUGGGCCCCCCCUGUCACCUGCCCCCUCUAGGGCGUACUCAGCCUCCCCCCUCCAGAGAUCUGUUCCCCCUUCUGCUGUCCCCCCCCACUCGUACCCAGGAGUGAAUCACAUGGGUCCUUUCUCCCAUCCUGCGUCAUCAGCUCAUCAUCAUCAUCAUCAGUAUGCUGUCCCAUUGCCCACACAAACAUUUUCUCCAUUAAAUUAUUCCCCAAAGCCUUACUCACAGGCUUAUAGCCAGUAUUCAAAUCCAUACACCCAAGUGUUACCUCCUCGUUCAAGUCAUAGUAGUUUUUAUAAUAACGUGUCCAGUAGUGGUCGGGACAUCCACAGUAGUAGUAGCAGUAGUGAUCAUUCAUCAAGCUCAGGAAGCAGCAGUACAACUACCACGUCUGGUGGCGUGAUGGGAACGAGCGGGUCUGUGCGGGAGAUGGCCAGCAGCUGGCCCACACCCAGUCACAUGCCCAAUCUUAGUACAGGCCAACGGGAGGCCUGGGGAGGCACUGGCAGUAGUCAAGGGGUGCCUGCCACCACCACCUCGGUCACUCACACUCCCCCCAUGCACAGGAAAACUCCUGAGCCAGUAAGCAAAAUUGAAUUCACAGUCUCAUGCUUGGCUCCUGUCAUCUACUAG